GGCUGAAUACAUACGGACUUCGGAAAUCUCGCACGUUUGCCAAGCAAGCUAAAGGCCGACAAAACAAAACAAUGGCUGACGACGAAGAUAUCGAGAACUUUGAUGAGGACUUUGAUGACGGAGACGAACAACUUGAUGAUCUUCCAAACGAAGAGGAAGCCGAUGAUGGAGACCACAUUGACGUGUUACCGGCUGGAGAGGGCGUGCAGCAAACAGAGAGAAUUACAACACCAUACAUGACAAAAUAUGAGCGGGCGAGAGUGUUGGGAACAAGAGCGUUACAGAUAGCGAUGAAUGCUCCUGUUAUGGUGGAACUUGAAGGGGAAACUGAUCCUCUACAGAUUGCUAUGAAAGAACUCAAAGCAAGAAAGAUCCCAAUCAUCGUCCGACGUUACCUCCCCGAUGGAAGCUAUGAGGAUUGGGGGUGCGAUGAACUUGUUAUCGACUGAGACCAUUGGUGAUCUAAAAAAACAAUUAAAUGAAAAUAGACUUCCAGCAUUGACAGUGGUAUUUGAAGUGGUGAAACUUUGCAAUGUCAAGGAGUGUGAUUCCUACAUUGCUGGAUUUGGGGAGAAAUGUUGAUGGAAUUGGAUUAAAAAGGAGACAUCUGCAGAAAUAUCUGUCUAUCUUUUUUUUAUCAUGAUGAUACCUUCGCACUGCUUUCAUCAGCCAACUUCCUUUUGGAAUCCCAGCAACCUUAACUUCACAGGAAUUCACAUCUGCUUCAUUCGCAUCGGCUCCAUAUUAGAGAGGCGGGGCAGGGGAGUGGUGAGACCAAGUUUUUGUACCGCGGCUUGCCCCGUAUAUUUCAAUUACAAACCGUAAAAUCAUAUUUCACUUUUCAUGUUGUUACAGAAGUUGGAGAUACACUGUACUUGAGGUAAUUAUAAGCUCUUAUUUCUUGUAAGUAGUGUGUUGUACAUUUUGACUGAACAUUCUGAUUCUUUUCAUGGUGUGAUUUGGUGAUCAUCUCUCCCUCAAGAAGAUGAAAGAAGAUGUAACAUGAAACUUAGCACCUGAAUUUAGAGCUGAUUUGCAUGCUGGAUCGAAUUUAUUAUUAUUAUUUGCAUUCUAAUCAACUUUACGAUCAACCGUUCAGGUUUUUGAUAUACCAUGUCAAGAUAUUCUGUAGCCACUCUCGAUUUAACAAAUUUUAUUGAUACACAUUUUUUUUGCCCUGCAAUGAAAAAUGUCACUUGUCUCUGCAUCGUUGCCUCAUUUACAUCCUGUUGCUUUUAUUCAUGUAAAUGCUGCUAAGCCCUUGUUAAUUGUCAUACCAUUUCUGAAUGAUCUAUUACUCAACAAAAUCCAAGCUCAAGCUACAAUUUUUAAUUAUCAAUGAGUUGUCCAUUCACAUAUGGGGUCUAUUUUAAUUAAUGUUGUACUUCAAACCUAAAGUAUAUGUGCAUAUAUGUUCAAGCUGCAUUUGAUUUGUGAUUUUUUUUAAAGAUAAAAUGUAUGCUUUUAACAACAGAAUGAAAAUUUACCUCUGUAACAGGUGUAUGCAGAGGAACUUAUUUAGAUUUGCUUCAACUUAUACAUCAGUCACAUUUGCUCUAUGGCGGCCGUACGGCAAGUCGAAAACGGCCAUUUUAAGAUAUUUUGUACCAGCUAUGUGUAGGUGGUUUGAAUAAAAAUGAAUAAAAUGGCUGUUUUGACUCACUGUAUGGCUGCCUUGGGGGAUAUUUGAUUGUAGCAUUACUUGUAUGCUGAAAAGUGAUUGAAAUAAAAUUUAAAUGAGUAGGUCAUGAGUUCAUACAGUUGCUAAUUUAUGUCGUCUUACAGAUCACAUCUUCAAAAAUUCAUACCAUUUAUGAUUAUUAUUGUUUUCAAUAUGAAAUUUUUCAAAAUGUCUUUGUUCUUGGUUCUGUUGCAGAUAGAGUUCAAUUAAAAGCAUUUAAAAAAAUCAAACCCAGGUUGGUUUUCAGCCAAUCACAAGUGCCGUUUUGGGAAUUGCUUAUUUCUUUCUGCCAACAGGUUUCUGAUCCUCCCAUUUGCUUCUAGCGACAAGGCCCCUCCCCUCUUCACCUCCCUGGCCUUUAGUAUUUUUUUUUUUGCUGAGGAUAAAUUUUCUACAUGAAUUAGGGGACUAUUUUCAGACAAAAUGAGGUUGCUACCCUUUUCAAUAUUUCGAAAAUACAACUUUUUCUUAAUUUCCCUCAUUUUUUUAAGAUGAAUUUUAACACCCGAAGGCACUUGUAAUUGGUUGGAAAUCAAGUUGUGUUUGAUUUGUGGAGUUGCAAUCGAUUGCAAAGCUAUCUGCAACAGGCUCUGUAAUUUGCUGAUCUGUAUAAUGUUAUCAAUCAGUAAAACCUGACAUGUCUUUUGUGCAUUAAUGGCAGGAUAGUAUCUGUGUUUGUAUUGAAUGCUCUUUUAGUAAUAAAACAACAAAAAUAGCUUA